AUGGCGUCACCAACCGUCAAACUCAACUCCGGCUAUGACAUGCCAUCGUUGGAUGAUCAGAUCAGUGCUGCCAUAGUGACGGCCCUGCAGGCCGGCUACCGCCACAUCGACACGGCCUGGAACUACCAGUGCGAGAAGGCCGUCGGCGAGGGUCUGAGGCAGGAGCUGCAAGGCGGGAGGAUCAAGCGCGAGGACCUGUUCAUCACCACCAAAACUUAUUCAGUUAUCAAAAACAUUUCAAUUAAGAUAAAAAGUUUGCAGAAGAUGAGAUGUGAACUCAUGACCCACGAGGCGGAUGGACAUUUCAUCCGCUUUCUCUGGAAUACCUGCCACAGAAGGGCGGAGGCCGCUGUACGAGAAUCGUUGGCUGACUUGGGGCUGGACUAUUUGGACAUGUACCUGAUGCACUUCCCCAUGGCUUUCAAGGAGAGAUGUGAAAAUGAAGCCGAUGACGUGGACUACCUUGACACUUGGCGGGAAAUGGAGAAGCUCGUUGACAAAGGUCUUGUUCGCAGCAUCGGGGUGUCUAAUUUCACCAUAGAACAGCUUACACGCCUCAUGAAUGCACCCGGCAUUAAGUACAGGCCGUCGUAUAUCCAGAUCGAAGUUCACCCUUACUUUACCAACAGUGACCUCGUAGACUUUUGUCAGAAGGAAGGCAUUGUUGUCACCGCCUACGCACCCCUUGGUCGAGCUGGAGUAGACUACUGGGGAAACAAGGUGGCCAACAUUCUAGAAGAGCCAAUCAUUUUGGAAAUGGCUGCUAAAUACAAAAAGAAUCCUGGUCAGGUAGCCUUACGAUGGGCUGUUCAAAGAGGAAUGGCUAUAGUCCCUAAAAGUACAAACCCUGGUCGCCUGAAAAGCAACAUCGAGCUCUUUGACCUCGAGCUAACACCGGAAGAAAUGGCUGCCUAUUUCUGGCCUGAACAAAAAUCAGCGUGUCUGCACUCAUUACUACUGGAAAGACUUUCCCAACUUUCCCUGGCCCCCGAGCGCAGAAGAACAAAAGAAGUGACGAGGUCAGGGUGGACUGGGGUGGACAAUAAAUUCGUCCACACGACAUGCGACAUACGGUGACACCAAGAAAAACUGGUUGCUUGGGAUACGGAACAGAGUAUAAACAUUUAGAAAGAAUUACUCAGUCGCGUUGUCAAACUUGCACGCGCGCUUGUGUCUAGAAAGUGAAAACAGAAAAGGAAAAUUAUUAGUAAAUAAUUUAUCUAUAGGUAGCUCAAAUGUGUAUUUUUAACAUUUUAAAGUUUUGUUUUUUAAGAGUACAUUUUGGAUUUAUAAAUAAAACAGUUGUAAUCUUC